CGUUCACACCCCCUUUCUCCAGUCUCUGUCUCCGCCAUGGCUCCCGCCGGAGCCACCGCUCUUCACUCUUCCCUCUGCAGCUUCUCUUCUCACAAACCGUUGUCUCCAAAUUCCCUGCAACCAAACACCCAGUUGGGUCCCAAACCCAAAAGCCUCCUCCAAAAGCACCCACUCUAUGCUCCAACACACACCAGACUCUCCCUUGAAUUCAAAGAAAAAAUUCUCUGCCUUGAAAUAAUGGGUGUUGAUUCCGGCAAGGCACUUUCAGUAAACCCUGAUCUCAGAACUGCAACCAUGGAAUCCAUCCAUUCCAUCAUCUCCUUCCUUCAUUCCAAAGGCAUCCAACAGAAUGACUUACCCAAGAUUCUGGGUAUGUGCCCUAAGAUUCUCACCUCCAGCAUCAAAUCUGAGCUUAGCCCAGUUUUUGAUUUCCUCUCUCUGGACCUUAAAGUCCCAGAUCAUAGCUUUAGGAAGGUCAUUAACAAAUGCCCAAGGUUGCUCACUUCAAGUGUCAAAGACCAGCUCAAGCCAGCUUUGUUCUACCUUCAGAGGCUAGGGUUCAAGAAUAUGUCAGCCCUGGCUUAUCAAGAUUCUGUCUUGUUGGUUUCUAAUGUAGAAAGGACUCUCAUUCCUAAACUGAAGUUUCUGGAGAAUCUGGGGUUUUCAAAGGAAGAAACAAAAGAUAUGGUGUUGAGAUGCCCAGCAUUGUUGACCUUUAGUAUUGACAAUAAUUUCCAGCCCAAAUUUGAGUAUUUUGCUGAGGUAAUGGGCAGAAAGUUGGAGGAGCUGAAGGAAUUUCCUCAGUAUUUUGCUUUUAGCUUGGAAAACAGGAUAAAGCCUAGGCAUAUGGAAGUUGUGCAAAGUGGCAUCAAUAUGCCUUUGUCUUUGAUGCUUAAGAGUACUGAUGAUGAAUUUAGGGAGCUCAUAAAGCAGAAAACUGGAUGACAAUGGUGAGAGCUGAUGUAUUAUUACUAAAGAUAGUUUGGUCUUUAAUCAUUAGAGGUUGGGUAAGUGCAUAUGAAAAGUGAGGUCGGUGUCAAUGAAAAUUGUGUUAAUAUGUUUAUAUAUGUCUUCCUCGGUGGUUUGAUUUACUUGUCUUUGGUAAUCUGUGUCUUCUUAAAGAAUUUCUUGCUUCAUAUAUUAUGUUCUAUAAUUGUAAAUGUAUAUGAAUGCUUGCUGUCCACAUGAUAUUGAGACUCUCAAUCAAUGUCUCCUCAAUUUGUGUCAAA